UUGAGCCACUGCUGGGGCGGCAUGCAGCCAAUUCGGUUGACAGUAUGGAACCGUGCAGAGUUCCUAGAACGUAUUCACUUCGACAGUCUACCGCUGACUUUUCGUAACGCCAUUGCUGUAACACGAAGGUUAUGCAUUCGAUACUUGUGGAUUGACAGCUUGUGCAUUAUACAAGACUCUCGUGAUGACUGGGAUCAUGAGGCUGCAUUGAUGGACGAGGUCUACGGCAGCUCGUAUAUCAAUAUAGCUGCGGCGAAUGCCAGCAACAGUGCAGAGGGGCUCUUCCGCCACCGGAGAACCGCUUUGUUACCGCCGUCCGUUGUGCGCCUACGAUGGCGUGGUGAGGAAUUUCGCUGCAACGUUCUGCGUGAGGACAUGAUGCAAGGUGACUUGCUUUCUGAGCCUCUGCACCGCAGAGCAUGGGUGUUCCAGGAACGAAUGUUAUCACCCAGGACAGUGCACUUUGGAGGGCGUCAAGUAACGUGGCAGUGUCCGGAGCUUACGGCUUGCGAGAGCAUGCCAAACGGUCUUCCUGCGGGCGUGAAUGAUAUGAGCCCGGAAGAGCGAGUGUGGCGAUCGGUCCUGCCCGACAUCAAAUCCGAGGCUAUACUAACAGAUGUCCAGACCGCCGAGCUUCGCCGAAUGUGGCAGGUUGCGGUGUCGGCUUUUACCAAUUGUAACCUAACAGUUCAGGCAGACAAACUCCCGGCCAUCGCUGGCGUGGCGAAACUUAUCGGCAAGGCGUUGGGAGAGGAGUACGUUGCGGGCCUGUGGAAAUACGGACUCGCGGAGCAGUUAGCUUGGCGCGUUCGCAAUUGUCGAACCAGUGAAGGCAAGCCGUCGAGAAGGCAAGGACAAUCUCUGAGCGAUUACCGAGCGCCGUCCUGGGCGUGGGCGUCC